AUGAACGUGAACCCUAGUCUCAAUGGCAGCGCUGUUUUCUUCGAUAACCGUCUGGACUCGUCAUCGCGGGCACCGCUGUCGGGAGGCUUGAAUUUGACAGAUGUCUCGUCAGGAGUUUCCUCUACAAGUUCCACUGAAGCAUCUCCCUCGUCGUCCGCUGAAGCAUCGAGAGAAGGGAACGAGGGCCAAGACAAGCUCCCCGGACCCCUAUUUUUCUCGAAUAUCCCCACCUCUUACGCCUCGAGGGAUUCGAAGAAAGCGUCUCCGGUUCACGUUGACGUCGACCUUCCAAUGGAUCCUCUGGAUGCCUUGAUCUACAACUUGACCCUGACGCUGCAGAGCUACACCGCCUUGAGAGAUGCAUAUCGGAGGUCGUCGGGAGUUCCGCGGGAGUUCUCGGGCACGUAUGCUCCCUCACCGAGGAACACUAAGAUCGUCAUAGAGUCGGUGCAUCCGUCGUCAUUCAGUCACAUAUUCCCGAGGAGAAGUGUAGCAAAUAAAGACAGCGGCGGCCCUCUCACAUAUUCGAACACACCUGUUCCUCAGAACUCGAGCUCGGAUUUCCAUCCUCUCAACCAAGAAAAACUUUUAAUGCAAGCGAUAUCUGCUACCACUUACUCGAAUAUGCAUUCAGAUGUGCCUCUCACUAACGAUUCCCAGCCCUUGGAUCUUUCGGAAGGCUCACCACUCGCGGGUAUUCUACCGGAAAUAAUGAAAGCUAAGAUGAGCAAGAAAGAAGCCGAUGAUCAUUCUAGCGGAACGAACCAGACAAACUCCACCAGCACUCAGCAACUCCUACCGGGACAAAGCAAGAGCCUACUAGACCACAAACUCAUGGAUCCCUUCGAGUUUUCGAACCUCAUUUCUGAACUUGUGUCCGACCGCAUAAAGAACUUACCCACCCCGGCUCCUCUGGCCGCGCCCCCGAUUGUGCCCCCUGAAGGGCCUCCGGUCGUUCCCCCGGCCGGGACCGCAGCCGCGCAAAAUCAGUCAGGUCAAGCAUCGGACCUGAAUUCCGAGAACCAAUGGCCAGUCCUUGACAACUCCGCGUCGGAUCAGGGAGCCCAGAACGUGCCCUCAGGAGCAGUCCCAGCAUCGAGUAGCGGUGGCCAGAUCGCCGGUGCGGGGAAUCAAGACACGAGCCUGGGGUUUCAAGUAGCGGCUUCGGGGCUCCACAGUGCGAGCCUAUCGGACCACGGCUCAAACUCACAGAAUCAAGCCGCGAGCUCGCAGCGUCAGGACUCAGCCCCGCAGUAUCUAGGCGCGAGCCUGCUGUAUCAAGGCAUGAGCCCGCAGUAUCGAGGCGCCAACCCGAGUUCUCGAAACUCGGCAAAUUCAAGCCCGAUUAUUACCGAUCCAGCAGAAGCAGCAGUGGCUCCGCAGGCUUCCGGAGUCGACCACUCAUCCCAAAGCCAAGGCGGCUCCGCUGGGGGGCGAGGGUCAAUCGGAGUAUCGGGAAGUCUCGCCGGUACCGCUCCAAGCGGAGGUCUUCAGCAACGUCAGGCAUUGCAAGGAGACUACAAGGCUGAAACAUCGGAAACCAAUCCCGGCGAAGCUCUGUACUAUUCCGCGAGUGUCCCUCAGAAUGGACAAGUCUACCAAGUUGGGUACGCGAAGGCAGCAGGUCCGUGGGCCGAGGAUUACAAUAUAGGGUAUAUUAACCUGCCGAAGAUCGCCGGAGCCUCCGCAAAUCUCGGGGUCCAGGCACUCGCGCCGCGUCUCGGUGAAACGUCGCAGACAGCAAGGGCGGGUCAAUCGAUUGGAGGAUUCUCCGCCGAUUCAAAUGCUCCACGCUUCCACCAGACGGAGAUCUCCGGCCAGUCGGCUGUCGCCGCGGGAGGAGCUCUUGGGGUGAAAGUUCCUUGCCCAGCGAAAGACUCGAAUUCGGUGGCAGCAGCGAAACCGGACUACGAUCACAGGACUUACUCAAUGGAGCCCCCUGAGCCCAUCGAACCAUUCCCAAACGCCGUAUUCAAUAGGAUAUUUUGA